CACACCCUAUAAACUAGCUAGAUUUUCUUGACCAUAUAGGCAUAUACUAGUGUUACCCUCAUGGAAAAGCUAUUUGUUUUAGCAUUUCUCUUUUUACUUCCUUCAAUCCAAUGUCUUCCUAAUAAGAUACAUGCACAUAUAAACUUAUGUAACAAAACUCCAUACCCUCAAAUAUGCAACUCACUUAUCAUAUCAAAUGUCCCACCAUCAUUGCAAGAGUCUACCUUAUUAGCAAUUCGCGAUAGUUCUCUCAAGAUAACCCUUGAUCAUGCCCUAAUGGUCCAUGGGUUGGUCUCGUCGAUGGACUUUAGUUCAUUUGACAAGCUAGCCAAGGUUGCCUGGGAGGAUUGUCUAGAGCUAUACGAGGAUACAAUACAUGAGAUGAACCACACAAUCUUAGUCUCGAGAAGUCAUGAUCAUUCUAUAACAAAAGAUGACAUUCAAACAUCUUUAAGUGCAGCUAGUACCAACCUAGAGACAUGCAAAGAUGGGUUCAGUGAUCUUAACGUGCCCAUGAAUUCAAAGAUGUACACCUUCACAUCGACGAAUUUUUCCCUAUUGCUUACUAAUGCACUUGCAAUAAACGGAGCCCUCUCAACUAUACCAUCCAAGCCCUACACAUGGAAACGUACAAGUGGUGUUAUUGGGAGUGGUGGUCAUCGACGAUUAUUAGCCCAUGGAAUCCCAUCAUGGAUGACCAAGCGCGAUCAUAAGCUAAUCCAUACGUCCAUUUUAACUAUGAAAGUGGACUUAGUGGUGGCUAAAGAUGGUACGGGUAAUUAUAAGACUAUAUGUGAAGCUAUAGAUGCUACAAAACACCUAAGAAAUGGAAUAGAGAGAUUUAUUAUACACGUAAAAGCCGGUAUUUACAAAGAGAACAUUGUGAUUACAAAGAAGAUGAUAAAUUUGAUGUUAAUAGGAGAUGGAAUUGAUGCCACAAUUGUGACGGGCAACAAGAAUGUCUUUGAUGGUUCCACCACCUUUCGAUCAGCAACUUUUGGUAUUUCAGGGAAUGGCUUCAUAGCAAAAGGCAUAACAUUUGAAAACACAGCCGGACCACAAAAACACCAAGCAGUUGCCCUUCGGUCUGGGUCUGAUUUCUCCAUUUUUUACCGUUGUAGCUUCAAAGGGUACCAAGACACCCUCUAUGUCCACUCGAAGCGUCAAUUCUACAAAGAGUGCGACAUCUACGGUACAGUCGAUUUUAUAUUUGGUAACGCGGCUGCUGUCCUCCAAAACUGCAAUAUCUAUGCAAGGAGACCUAUGAUCAACCAAAUGAACACAGUUACAGCCCAAGGAAGAUCCGACCCUAAUGAGAACACGGGGAUCGUGAUCCACGGCUCGAUCAUCGAGGCUGCUCCGGACCUUAAGGUUGUCCAAGGUUCAUUUCAGACCUUCCUAGGGAGGCCUUGGAAGAUGUACUCAAGAACUGUGGUUAUGAAGUCUAACAUUGAUGGAAUGGUGGAUGAAGCCGGGUGGGCCCCGUGGAAUGGGGACUUUGCGUUAAAGACUCUCUAUUAUGGGGAGUAUAUGAACUAUGGUGCCGGAGCCAGUACUCGUGGCCGAGUCAGGUGGCCCGGGUACCAUGUCAUUAGCAGUCCGAUUGAGGCUGGAAGGUUUACUGUUGGGAGAUUUUUGGCAGGGGAUAAGUGGAUUCCUGCCUCUGGAGUGCCAUUCACAUAUGGCUUGUGAUUAUAUUUUUAACUAUGCUCCGUCUCUAUAAGUUAUUUCUGUUGAAGAAUCAUACUGUAUUAAACAUUACUCUGUAUAUUAUUACGAAGUACUUGUAUAUGCUAGUCAUAGCUGCAAUCUAUAGCUUGUGGAAAGGGCUUAAGCGAGCUCAAAUCAUAUAUUACUAACAUGUAAAAAUUUUGUCAUUAUUUGUAAGUUGUUGUGUUUGUUAUUUGAACCCAAUGUAUAUUUGUAAAAGCAUACUUCCUGUAAUUUUAAGAAAAUAGUAGAUGAAUUGG